AUGCAACAGCUCAGUUCCUUAACAACAGAUCCGCAGAAAUUGUUGAUGUUGCAACAAGCACUGAUAAUGAAGAAGUUAGAAGAAGAAAAGGAGGCAAAAAGGCGAGCUAAAGAAGAGGAGAAAAUGAAACUGAUCGCUCAGAAAAAGGCAGAGGCGGUGAAUGCUAAAGAAAAAGCAAUGGAAGAGAAGCGGUUGCGUAUGGAAGAAGAGAAGAAGCAAAAACUCGCGGAGAAGGCGCGGAAAGCCGAGGAGGAGCGGGAGAAGCGUCUUCAAGAGCAGGCAGAGAAGGAACGCAUCAUGAGGGAGGAAAGGGAAAGACUCGUGAAAGAGGCAGCUGAAAAAGUGAGAAAAGAGGAGGAGGAACGUCAGCGACAAGAGGAGAUCAGAAUUAAAGCUGAAGAGGAGAAAGCAAGAGAGUUGGAAAGAAAACGUCAAGCUCAGCUUCGUGAGGAAGAGGAGAAAGCUGCGCAACUACUCGAAGAGGAAAUUCUUCUGGACGAAGUGUCGCACAGCGAAGCUCCGAUCCCCCUCGAGAUGAAAUCGGCUCUUGAG